AUGCGCCGUCCGGUUACUCGUCCUCUCGUCCUCCUCUUGAAUGCGCCUCACGUUUUCCCUCCUCUCUUCCUCCUCUCUCAUGCGCCUGACGUUUCCCCUCCUCUCUUCAUCCUCUCUCAUGCGCCUGACGUUUCCCCCCUCUCCCCUUCCUCAGGCAUGCGCCUCACAUUUCCCAUUCUCUCUUCUUCCCCUGUCGAGCGUCUGACGUUUCCCCUCCUCUCCUUUUCCUCUCACAUGCGCCGUCCGGUUACUCGUCCUCUCGUCCUCCUCUUUACUGCGCCUCACGUUUUCCCUCCUCUCUUCCUCCUCUCUCAUGCGCCUGACGUUUCCCCUCCUCUCUUCUUCCUCUCGCAUGCACCUCUCGUUUCCCCUCUCUUUUUCCUCUCGCAUGUGCCUCACUUUUCAAACCCUCUCUUCUUCCUCUCGCAUGCACCUCACGUUUCCCCUCCUCUCUUCUUCCUCUCGCGUGAGCCUCGCGCGCGUCGGUCGGAGAAGCGCGUGCACGAGAUGAUGGACGCGGCGAAGAAGCGCGCCGAGCGCCGCGCGUAUCAGCGUGCUCGGCGCGCGGGGGAUCCGACGCAGCUGCUGCGCGUGGCGGGCUCCAAGCUUCGCCUGCUUCACCACUCCGCCGUCUACCAGUCCGCGCACCUCUCCGGCCUGUCUGUGACCCCCUCCACUUCUACCGCAUUCGCUUCUUCCCCUCUCCCUCUCCCCCCCUCUUCCCCCUCCCCCCCCCCCCCCCCCCCCCCCCCCCACUCGUCCCGUUCUCUUUCCGUUAUUGUAAAAGGUGCUGCGCAUGUAGGCGGAGCCUCCGUUCCGCCUCAACCCCACUUCUCCCUCGCCUUCUCUCCGCCCCGCACGGACGAGGAGUCCUUGGAGUCGUUCAGAGUCAACUGGAAGGCGGUUCAGGAGCAGGCGGGGCAGUGCGAUGUUGCUUGCCAUGUUCUGCGCUCCCUUGCCGGAAUUCGACCAGCAGAAGCAGGUUGCUGGGUUGGUGGAGGCGGUGCGACUCCUGGCGUUGCUGCUUGUGACAGGUCACAGGGUCCACGUGGCAUACUCCUUUUCCCUUCAUGGCCAUCCUCAUCGUCGCAUUCCUAUCCCGCCACUUCUAUUUCUCCCUCAUCCUUCCUUUCCCGAUUCAUGCUUCUGCCGUCCCUACCCCUGCCGGCCUACUCCCGCCAUCCCUAG